AUGGAGUCCAUCGCGCGAAUAUCCAGUUUGCUUGAGAGUGCUCGAGAGCUCACGCUCGAUGCCGCCUCGGCGACGCGCAGCUCCCGCAGCACCGGCCGCCCUCUCGACCGUACGCAGAUCAAGAAGCUGUUGGACAGUCGAAAUGACCGCGAGGUGCUGGAUGGCCUGCGCCGCGUCCUCUCGAUGAUGUACCGCGGCCAGAAGACACUGCCCUUCUUCUCCUCUGUCGUAAAAAAUGUCGCAUCGCCGAAUAUCGAAAUCAAGAAGCUUGUCUACAUCUACCUCAUUCACCAUGCCGAGCAGGAACCCGACCUCGCCCUGCUCUCCAUCAACACUAUCCAGAAGUCCCUCUCCGACACGAACCCCCAAGUCCGCGCCCUCGCCCUCAAGACCAUGUCCGGCAUCCGAGUCCCCGUCAUUAGCCAAAUUGUGUCUCUCGCAAUCAAGAAGGGCGUGGCAGACAUGAGUCCGUAUGUGCGCCGAGCUGCCGCUCUCUCCAUCCCCAAGUGCUACCGCCUCGACCCUACACAGCUGCCCCAGCUCCUCGAAUAUCUGACCGCUCUCAUUGGCGACAAGCAGUACUUCGUCGCCGGUGCCGCGGUGUUGGCUUUUCUGGAAGUGUGCCCCGACCGCAUCGACCUGAUCCACCCGCAUUACCGGGCUUUGGUGAAGAAGGUCGUGGACAUGGACGAGUGGAGUCAGCUGGCGACGCUGCGGAUGAUGACAUACUAUGCAAGGAAGUGCUUUCCUAGGCGGACGCGCAGUGUCAAAAGUCAGGAAAAGACAGCCGACCUGGGCGACUUUUACGGCGAGAAUGCGCAACAAGGAGGCGAGGAGCAGCAGGUUGUCGUGGUGGACCCGGAUCUGGCCCUACUACUCAACGGCAUCAAGCCUCUUCUGCAGAGCCGUAACUCGGCCGUGGUCAUUGCGGUCACGAGAUGCUACGUCGAUAUCGGAACGCCAGACUACGUCAAGAUUGCCAUCGGCCCACUCGUAGCGCUACUCAGGGGACCACAAGACAUCCAGCAAGUCGCACUCUACAACAUUGUCUCGGUUUGCUUGACGAGACCAACCGACUUUGUCAAGUACGCCAGUCACUUCCUUGUCAGAGCUACAGACCCUGCGCAAGUGUGGGAAUUAAAGUUGGAAAUCUUGACGCUCAUCUUUCCUCACGCGCCGCCCCACAUCAAGAGCCUGAUCCUGAACGAGCUUGAACACUUUUCCGGCUCAACGAACAAGGCACUAGUGAGAGAAGCGGUGCGUGCCAUCGGACGGUGUGCCCAGACGGACUCGUCAACAGCACCAAGGUGUUUGCGGCUAUUACUGGGGCAGAUCACGAGUCUGGAUGGAACAUUGGCCGCCGAGUCACUGACAGUCAUUCGGCAUCUGAUUCAGCAAGACCCCGAAGGGCACGUCGGGACGGUCGUACGUCUUGCGAAAAACUUGGACUCUGCAACGGACCCUCAGGCGAGAGCAACCAUCAUCUGGCUGGUGGGCGAGUUUUCCGGUCUCGAAGGCGAGGACAAUAUCGCGGCGGAUGUGUUGCGGAUCCUCUUGAAGGAUUUUUUGAACGAGGCAGAGGUGGCAAAGGGGCAGAUUCUCCUUCUCGCUGCCAAGGUCUACCUCCAUCACAUAAACCGCCAGAGCGAAAACAAAAGCGAAGACGAAGCGGCGGUGCCUAGUCAAGACGACCACCCCAUCGCGAAACUUUGGGACUAUGCAUUGUUGCUGGUCCGCUACGAUACGUCGUACGACCUUCGCGAUCGAGCUCGCAUGUAUCGAGCUCUCCUUUCUGUGCCCCAACUGGCCACAUUGAUGUUGUUGGCACCGAAGCCUGCGCCGCAGGCUCCCAGUCCGUCAGAGACUCGCAAGGGCUUCAUGCUCGGCUCAUCGACACUUGUGCUGGCGGGCGGAGGCGGCGUCCACGGUCUGCGCGGCUACGAGGGUCUUCCCGACUGGGUAGCGGAGGGUUCGGAGCCGGACCGGCGACUGCGAGAAACGGAGACGCCUUCGGCAUACGGCGAGGAGAAGAGCGUGCCGGCUACGCGGUGA